AUGGCCGCGGUCGUGGAGGAGCGAGAGGGAGGAGAGGCAGAGGAGGAGGGAGAGGAGGGGGAAGAGAAGGCGGCGGAGGCUGCUCGUCUCCGCAGGGAGAUUGAGCUCGUCAGGAGGCGAAUCCUCUGGAAAGAGGAAAGGAUUUCGGUCCUUGAGGAGGGCGUUGAUGCGUCCGGCGCCCAGCAGGGAGCCGAACAGUUGACGCCUUCUGGUGACCCUGCCCCUGAGUCUGUCAGCGCUCUUCCUGACUCCUCUCCUGCCUAG